AUGAAGAAGGAUGAAUCAAUCAGUGAUCUACAGACAAGAUUCACACACAUCAUCAACAAUCUUCAUGCCCUAGGAAAAGUUGUAGACAACGAACAACAAAUUGGAAAAGUAAUGAGGUGUUUGACCAGGGAAUGGCAGCCCAAAAUUACUGCCAUUGCUGAAUCAAAGGACCUGGCAAAUAUGACAAUUGCAACCUUAUUUGGAAAGCUCAGGGAACACGAGAUGGAAUUGCACAAAUUGAAUGAGUCAGAACAACCUACCAGGAAAAGCAGAGGACUUUCACUAAAGGCUCAGACGCACAAAGCAAAAUCUGAACCAUAUACUGAGGAUUCAGAAAGUGAAUCUGAUGAAGAGCCUGAGAUAGGCUUCAGCAAAGGUGAUACAAAUGAUAGCAAAGUCAUAACUUGCUAUGAAUGCGGUAAAACUGGACACAUCAGAUCUGAGUGCUAUAAACUGCAAAACAAGAGCAAGGCUGUGAAGACUAAAGGAAAGGAUCCACAACCUUCAAAGAGAGCUUACGUUGCCUGGAACGACAACGAUGAAGAUUCAUCUGAUGAUUCUGAAGAUGAAGAAGCUAAUUUGUGUCUCAUGGCAAAUACUGACUCAGAAUCUGACAGUGAAGUAAGUACAACUUCUAAUCCAUCCUAUGAUGAACUGCAUGAUGCCUUUAAUGAAUUGCAUGCUGAAUAUGAAACUCAUGAACUGAAAUGUGAUGUAGCUAAGUUUAAUAGUGGUAAAAACAACUUAGAUAGACUUCUUAGUAAUCAAAGAGAUCUAAGUGUUAAAUUUGGACUUGGCUAUAAACAACACAUGCAUGUUAAAAGGCAUCAGAAGUUUGUUAAAUCUAAACAAAUGCAUGAUAACUUUACUAGACCAAAGUUGAAUUCAUCCCCUGCUGUUAUAUGUCACUUUUGUUGCAAAAAGGGACAUAUGGUUUUCAAUUGCAAACUAAAAAAGCUUGCCAACAGAGGAUGGAAACAAAUUUGGAAGGUUAAGAAACAAGCAUUUGAAACUGACCCCCCAGGACCCAAUUUGAAUUGGGAAGGAGGCUGUGUCAAGUAUGGGGACAACAACAAAGGAAAAAUCCUAGGCAUUGGAGAUAUUGGAAGCAACUCAAUUGCUGUUAUCAAGGACGUUUUGUUUGUUGAAGGUCUGAAACACAAUUUACUGAGUAUUAGUCAGCUAUGUGACAAAGGGUUUCAGGUACAUUUUACUUCUAUGUCAUGCACACUUGAGCAUAAGGAAGUUAAAGGUAUGAAGCUGACAGGUAAAAGGGUUAAUAAUAUUUACAUGAUAGAUUUUGAUUCCUUACCUGCAAAUGAUAUAUGUUGCUUGCUGUCCAAUGCUGAUGAGAAUUGGCUAUGGCAUAAGCGAGUGGCUCAUAUUCAUAUGGACCACUUGAAUAGACUAGUUAGGAAGCAGCUAGUCCUAGGUCUCCCAAAUAGGAAGUUUUCUAAGGAUAGGUUAUUUGACUCAGGAGUUAGAAGCUUUGGAGGGAACCUAUAUGGCUAUGUUUUGGUAGAUGAUUACACUAGUCAGAAAAUCAUAUCCAUUAAAAGUGAUCAUGGAGGUGAAUUCCAAAAUGAUUCUUUUCAAACCUAUUGUGAACAUCAUGUGAAUAGGGUUCUUAUUAGGCCUUUACUUAAAAAGACUCCCUAUGAGUUGUACAAGGGUAGAAAGCCAAACCUCUCAUACUUUAGGAUUUUUGGGUGUAAGUACUUUGUGUUGAACAAUGGGAAGGAACACCUAGAUUCUGAACCAUUAGAACCUAGUGAACCUGUACCUCCAACCAACCUUGACUGUGUAGAGCCUAUUAGGGAGAGUGACCUACCUAAGGAGUGGAAGUUCACCAAAAACCAUCCUAUAGACAACAUUAUUGGGGACAUCUCUAGAGGAGUUGCCACUAGGAAGAACCUUAGACAGUUCUGCAAUUUUACAGCUUUUGUGUCUCAGGUUGAACCCAAAAACGUUAAGGAAGCUCUAUUAGAUAGUGACUGGGUAGUGGCCAUGCAAGAAGAGCUUAAUCAGUUUGAGAGAAACCAAGUGUGGAAUCUAGUUCCUGAACCAGAGGGUAAACAUGUCAUAGGAACUAGCCACUCGUCAGACUAA